AUGGCUUCACCUUCAGCUUCAUCGACAAAAACAAAGACUGAAAGUAAUGAACAAUAUCAGGCUUCAUUAAAAAAUAUUGGAGUUAAACCUCAAUCUGGUACUGGCGCUAAUAUUGUUCUUGUUGGACCACCAGGCAGUGGUAAAGGAACUCAAAGUAAUCGACUAAGUGAACAUUAUAAAAUAUGUCAAUUAUCAACAGGUGAUUUACUUCGUCAAGCUGCUCAAGAUAAAUCAUCAGAUGAAGGCAAAAGAAUUCGACAAACAAUGGAAGCUGGUGGUCUUGUUGAUGAUCAUAUUGUUAUGUCAUUAAUUGAUAAAAAUCUCACUAAACCUGAAUGUAGUAAUGGAUUUUUAUUUGAUGGAUUUCCUCGUACAAUAAAUCAAGGUGAACAACUUGAACGAUUACUUGAAUCAAAACAAAAACGACUUGAUGCUGUAUUAGAAUAUGCUAUUCCUGAUGAGUUAUUAAAAAGACGUAUUCUUGGUCGACUUAUACAUAAACAAUCUGGUCGAACUUAUCAUGAAGAAUUUAAUCCACCUAAAGAAUCAAUGAAAGAUGAUGUAACAGGUGAAACACUUGAACGUCGUUCUGAUGACACAACUGAAACACUUAAUGCUCGAUUAAACACAUAUCAUAAACAAACAACACCAUUGAUUGAUUUUUAUCGUAAACGAAAUCUUCAUAAAUCUAUUGAUGCAUCUCAAAAAGUAAAUGAUGUUUAUCAACAAUCACUUGAAAUAGUUGAUGAUUUUCGUAAACAACCAAGUUAUAAACCAUUAUCCGUUGAUGAAGAACAAGGUUCAGUUCGACAAAUGGAAACAAGUGUAGAAAGAAAUGAUUUUGAUGAGACAUUAACUAUAAAAACAAAACCAAUUAAUAAUCAAAUUGAAGUUGAUACAAGUAGUUUAAGUAAGAAUUUUCUAUUUGUUUACAAUUCGGUGACUGCUGUAUUACGUGAUCGUGGUAUUAUUUAA